AUGGUAGCUGUAAUGGAAUCGAUUGGGUUUGCCGAUUUAGUUGUUGUUGAUGCUAAAGGCUCUGUUGGUGGCCUAUGUGUAAUGUGGAAAGCGGGUGUCUCAGUUCAAAGUGUUGAACAUAACAAUAAUCUCAUUGCUGUUAAGGUUGCGGAUGCUAUUAAGGAUUGGAUUGACGAAGAAAAGGUGGGCAGUAGAGGUGGAGAGUCAUCGGCUCCUAAUUUUCUAAAGGAGCUAUUCUCGGAAUUUGGAGCAAUUGAUCUAGGCUUCUCAGGAAGCAAAUUUACCUGGGCUAGAGGCAAAUGGGGCUGUGCAGCGAUUAAAAGAAGGCUUGAUAGGGGUGUUUCUAGCAUAUCUUGGAGAUUAGCUUUUCCUAAAGCUAGUGUCUCACACUUGGGUGCAAUCAAAUCUGACCAUGCCCCAAUUCUGUUAGACACUAAUCCAGAUGAGGCUUUUGCACACAGACCUUUUAGAUUCAAAGCAGCUUGGAUAAGGGACGAUAGCUGCGUUGAAGUUGUUGAGAAAGCUUGGAAUACAUCUGUCAGGGGGUCGGAAUUGGUAAAGCUCUGUAAGAAGCAAGCAACUACAAAGGAUGCGCUUCGUAUUUGGAAUAGAAAAAUUUUUGGUGUUUGUCAAAACAGAAUAAAUGCACUUAUGCAGAAUAUUAAGGAGGUCCAAAAUUCCACCCCUCAAUCCAUAAUGGCUGGACAGAAUCGACACAACAAUGUCGAUGCUUUAAAAGUUGAGGAUGGUAGGUGGAUCACCGGUUCGAACCAAAUUCGUCAUGCUUUCCUAGAACAUUUCAAAGAUCUGUUCAGGGAGGAAGAAGUAUCUUUUCCACCUUAUUUAGAAGGCUUGAUUAGCCCUUGUAUUUCUGAGGAAGAUAAUGUCAAUCUCAGUAGCAUCCCCACCUCUGAGGAAAUUCGAAGCACUCUAUUUCACAUGCAAGACCCAAAAGCUCUGGGACCAGAUGGUUUUCUUGUCCUCUUCUAUAAAGAGUAUUGGCCUAUAGUGGGGAAUGAUGUCAUCAGUGCUGUAACAUCUUUCUUCACUCUUGGUAGUUUACCAAGAGAGGUUAAUUCUUCCCUCAUUGUCCUUAUCCCAAAAAUCACCAAUUCAUCAUCGGUUAACCACUUCCGGCCAAUCAGCUUAUGUAACGUGGUAUACAAGGUCAUCUCUAAACUUCUGGUAGCAAAAAUGAGACCUCUCAUGCAAAAGCUCAUAUCUCCUUGUCAGUCUACUUUCUUACCAGAUAGAUGGAUUGCUGAAAAUCAAGUCAUUGUUCAUGAAAUGUUACACAGCUUCAAAACCAAGAAGGUAAAAACUGGUUUGAUGACCAUUAAGUUGGAUCUCCAAAAGGCCUAUGAUUGUGUCAAUUGGAAAUUCCUACAUACUGUCCUAUCCAAAUUCGGUUUCUAUGAGGUCUUCACAAACUGGAUUCUCGCUUGCGUCUCUUCUGUUUCCUUCGAGGAGGUGUUGUCCAGAAUUCUUGAUUAUGAAUUUGCUCAGAAAAAUAUAAGCGGGAUCAAGGCCAGCAUCAGAGGCCCAUCCAUCUCCCAUGUGAUGUGGUCUGGUCAAAAGAUAAACAAUAACAAAUCUGGUGUUUUCUUUUCAAAGAACACCCCAAGUCAGAACCGUAGAAUGAUCAAAGGACUGCUUCAGAUGAAGGGGCUAAAAAAUGAUGCAAUCUACCUCGGCUCACCACUCUUCCGCUCAAGAGCUCCUUCGAAGGAUUUCAAGUUUCUCCAGGAAAAGCUUGAGAGCAGACUCAUGGGUUGGAGAAGCAGAUGUCUAUCCUGGGCUGACAGAAGUACUCUCAUCAAGUCAGUGGUUCAAGCCUUGCCUAACCACACUAUGUCCAUUUGUAGUGUUCCUAAUACUAUCUGUGACAAGUUGGACACGUUAACCCGAAGAUUCUGGUGGAAACCUAGAGAACCAGAGGGAAGAUACCUAGCAUGGAGAUCAUGGGACAAGCUAUGCCAACCCAAAUGCAAAGGAGGCCUUGGCUUUAGAAGGGCCAAAGACUUCAACAUCGCAUUACUAGCCAAGCUUGCAUGGAUGAUUGCAUCUAACAGAGAUAGUUUAUGCAUGAACCUGCUAAGGGCCAAAUACAAAGUCAAGCAUACCUGGUUUCACUCGAAGCUACCCAAGUCAGCUUCUCAUACUUGGAAAGCCAUAGAAAAGGCCAAAGUAAUCAUUCUACAGGGAGCUUGCUAUCUUAUUGGGGGUGGGUCUUCAGUUAGUGUUUGGGAAGAUCCUUGGGUCCCUUGGAUUCAAGGUUUCUCUCCCAAACCAAGAGAGGUUGCUUUUUCUCAAAUUCCAAUGUUGGUAUCCCAACUUAUUAACAAUGAGCUUCGCUAUUGGAAUGCAUCUUUGGUUAAUGAGAUAUUUGAUCCUGAGUCAGCAAGAGCCAUUUUGUCAAUUUCCCUCCCAUUCCAACCUUGUCCUGACAAACUCAUUUGGGUGCUUGAUUCUAAAGGAAAGUUCACUGUUAAAUCAGCCUACUGA